AUGGAACCCGAAGCAGGGCCUGUGCUCUACCAGAAGCUGCAGGUCUGGGAGCCGAGCUUGGAGUCCGAGGAGGAAGAGGAGGAGAUUUCGGAGCAGCUCAUUCCAGAUGCCUCCAGGCCCCACGGCUCCUCUGGGAACACGGCUGGCCAUCUGCCCGGGGCCUGGGCCCAACUGGUGGCUGCCCUGCUGUUGCUGGCCGUUGGCUUCUCCCUGGCCGUGAGGCAGCUCUGCAGCAGUGGUGCCUCUCCAGGAGCCUUGGGCUCUGGGGCCCCUCCAGCCAGCGGGCACUCCCACAGGCCUGGCAUGUACCACCACGGUGCCAUCAUCAGCCCAGCAGCUGAGUGCUCCCGCCUGGGUCGAGAGCUGUUUGUUGCCGGGGGCAACAUCGUAGAUGCUGGAGUUGGAGCAGCCUUGUGUCUGGCAGUGGUCCAUCCUCACGCCACAGGGCUAGGUGCCAUGUACUGGGGCCUCUUCCACAAUAGCUCCUCGGGCAACUCCACUGCCUUGACAUCGGGCCCAGCCCAGACCCUGGCCCCCGGCCUGGGGCUGCCCUCGGCUCUGCCCGCCCUGCACACGCUGCACUCUCACUUCGGCCGCCUGCCCUGGCCACACCUGCUGAUGGGCCCCAUCUCACUGGCUCAAAAGGGCUUUCUGGUGGACACAUCCCUGGCCAGCGCCCUGGCAGCCCAGGACACCAAGGGCCUCUGUCCACUCCUUUGCCAUGCUAACGGGACACCCCUGGGCCCCGGGACCCGAGUCACCAACACCAAGCUGGCAGCUGUGCUCCACAAGGCCUCACUGGCCCCCACCCCAGACCUCUCCGGGGAUGCCCUGCUGAGUCUGCUGGCCGAAGACCUGGGGUUGGAGGGCCCCUCAGUCGGGCCCAGGCCCACCUUGGAGCCAGCCCUGCAGCUACCUGUGCCCCAGGGCAUCCUGUUCACCACCCCCAGCCCCUCAGCUGGCCCAGAACUGCUGGAGCUGCUGGAAGCAUCUCUACAGUCCGCAGGGCCCAGCCCUGCACCCUGCCCAGCACUCCUGCAAGCUGCUGCAGCCCCCAGGAGCAGUGUCCUGGCCACCGUGGACAGCGGCGGCUCCAUCCUCCUUCUCACCUCCUCGCUCAACAGCUCCUUUGGCUCUGGACACCUGUCCCCAAGCACCGGGGUUCUACUCAGCAACCUGGUGGCUGAGUCUGCAGCUGGCACCUGGGCCUAUCCCCUCAUCUUUCGUGGCAUCUCAGAUGACACAGAGGUCGACGUGUUGGGGCUGGUGGCUUCAGGGACCCCUGCAGCUGCCACAGUCAUGACUCAUGCUCUGCUCAGCCACCUGGCCAGGCCCCAAACCCCAGACCAGCAAGGACCAACAGAGAGCCCCAGAGCUUGUGGCCAGGGGACCCUGCUCCAGGUGGCAGCCCACACAGAGCACGCCCAUGUCUCCAGUGUCCCCAGUGGCUGCUGCCCCUUCCAGGGGUUUUAA